AUGUCAGAUCCAUCGAUAACAUACGGCGAAUUGGACUCCGAAGAACGGCCAGACAGAUUUUGCGACGUGGUACUGAGACCUUGGCAACAAGGACUGACGGACGAGCUGGCGAAGCAGCCUGACCCGCGCGCAGUCUUCUGGUAUCACGAACUGAGAGGGAACGUCGGGAAGAGCUUCAUGGCGUCCUACCUAGCGCGGUCGUCGGACGCGAUCGUGUUUGACGGCUGCAAGAAGAGGGCCGACGCCGCGUACGCGUACGACGGACAGCGCAUCGUCGUCUUCGACCUCCACCGCUCCCAGAAGAAACGCGUAAAUUACGAACUGAUCGAGGGGUUCAAGAACGGACGCCUCUUCAGUCCUAAGUACCACAGCAAGGUGAAGCUGUUCGCAGUACCGCACGUCGUUGUGUUCGCCAACUUUCCGCCCGACCUUCGCGCCAUGUCCGCCGACAGGUGGCGUCUGCGAAGAAUCGGCAUCGACGGUCACGAGUUGGAAUAA